AUGUACGAUCUCGUGCGGGACACGGUCUUUUCGCACACUCUGCGUGUUCUCACUGGAGGCCGCGUCUUCAAGUAUCCUGAAGAAGAAGACUCGUCGCUGUGGAAGCGCUAUGUGCACCCUGAAAAGUCGCACAAUAUCGCUCGACAUGGCCAUGUUGAUGGGCCACAGGAUGACAAUGGCAACAGCGAGACCAGCAGCGACUCGCCCUCCAGCGGCGACGGCCCACGAAGAUCCUCGGCAACAGCCAUCGAGCACCACAAUGUCGUUCAUGGCACGAGGAAGCUGCCUGUGGAUCCUGAAAAGGGCAAGGACUACUUCAUUGUGGACUGGUACGGGCCUGACGACCCUGAGAACCCCCAGAACUGGGGCCGCUUGAAGAAGGUCUUUGUGACCUUUGAAAUCACGUUCCUCACGUUCGCCGUAUACAUAGGCAGUGCUAUCUACACUGCCGGUCUCCUGGACGUGGUAGCGUCCUUCAACGUCUCGACCGUGGCGGCCACUUUGGGCCUGACCCUCUUCGUCGCCGGUUAUGGCCUGGGACCGAUGAUCUGGGCUCCCUUGUCUGAGAUUCCCCAAAUUGGCCGCAACCCGGUGUACAUCAUCACCCUCAUCAUCUUUGUGGCCUUCCAGGUCCCUACAGCCCUCGCUCAUAACUUCGGCAUGCUCCUCGCAUUCCGCUUUCUGACUGGUUUCUUCGGCUCGCCCGCACUCGCCACCGGCGGCGCCAGCAUCGGCGACCUCUAUGAGCCAAAGAAGCGUACUUAUGGCCUCGGCAUCUGGGGCAUUGGCGCUGUCUCUGGUCCGACCUUGGGCCCCCUAAUUGGCGGCUUCGCAGCCGAGGCCAAUGGCUGGCGAUGGCCCAUCUGGGAGCUCAUGUGGCUGUCCGGCGGCACGCUGCUGGUUCUCAUCUUCUUCCUCCCCGAGACUUCGUCCGCAAACAUCCUGUACCGCCGCUCGCGCCGUUUGCGCAAGCUCACGGGGAACGACAAGCUUAUAUGCGAGCCCGAGUUCCAGGGUAAGGACAUGACUACGGGUGACAUUGCAAAGAUGACUCUCGUCAAGCCCUUUACCCUUCUUUUCACCGAGCCCAUCGUGUUUGCGCUGGACUUGUACAUUGCACUCAUCUACGGCCUGCUAUACAUCUGGUUUGAGUCCUUUCCCAUCGUGUUUACGGGCAUUUAUGGCUUCAGCCUCGGUCUGGAAGGGGUCGCUUUUCUCGGCAUCCUCGUUGGUGUGCUCGUCGUAUUUCCUUUCUUCUGGUGGUACAAUAAAGCCUAUACGGAGCCAAACUUCAACGAGAAUGGGGAGUUGAAGCCCGAGCUUCGUCUCCCGCCGUCCUUUGUCGGGGCUUUCGCCAUCCCGAUCUGCUUGUUCUGGUUCGGCUGGAGCAGCCGGCCCGACAUCCACUGGAUCAUGCCCAUCAUUGGCACCGCGUGGUUCAGCAUCGGCGCUUUCUUACUUUUCAACUCGGUCAUGAAUUACCUCAGCGAUGCUUAUCCCGAGUCUGUGGCGAGCAUCCUGGCAGGCAAUGACUUCCUGAGAAGCGCACUUGGUGCAGGAUUUCCACUAUUUGCCAGGGCCAUGUACGAGAGGCUUGGUGUCGCAUGGGCGAGCUCCACCUUGGCCUUCAUCUCGGUCGCGUUCAUCCCGAUUCCUUUCAUCCUGUAUAGGUACGGCGAGAAGAUCCGUCACAAGAGCAAGAACGCCAGACACGACUUGUAG